AGCAAUAAAGAUAGAGAAUGAACGCUUGUUACAACGCGAAAGCGAGAUAUAAACCAGAUAAUAAAAGCGAGCGAAGACACGAGUGUUGAAACAAAUAGUUUUCUCGAAUUUUUGGUGGUGCGCAAAACAGCCGAUCAACAAAAUUUGACAUCUUGCAAACGUAUUAUGACAUUGAUAUUUUAAUCGGUUUUACCGAAAAAAAGUAAAUUUAUUACGCGCGAGCGCACGUGAAUUUAUUUCCUGGCGAAUAACAUGGGAAAUCGUUGCGACCGGGACGUUUCGCGUGAAGCUCGUCACGAUUCGCCUCGCGCGAACUUCGUCACAAGUCGUCAAGUCUGUGCGAGACACGACCGUGUCUCUUGAUGCGAUGUCUCGCAAAACGAUAGUAGUAAUCGUGACGUUCGGAUCUCUGUUGCUUCUCGGAAAAAGACAACACAGACGAAUUAAGUACGUAUUAACAAUUGGUGGUCGAGAGAACAAACUUGAUAUUUCUCUCGCAGACUACCAGCCGAAAAAUAAUGUAACUAGACGAAGCGUGUUGCGUGACCAACCUUGCGAGGGAUAUCGUCGAGAGGUGACGCCACCGGCGCCGGGCGAAGCUGGCAAGAUGGUAGAAAAAGAGCAUACUAAUUUCUUGUGUAAAAUCGAGCGAACAAACGAUGUGAUUUGAUUAUCGCUCCGUUACUCACUAAUCUUCGAGGAGCUUGCGUUAGGUCAGGAAAACACUUUGCGAAUCAGAAUUUAAGAUAGUUUCGAAGACCUAAGCUGCAAUCCAGCUUCAGCAACAGUGUGCUUCACACUUGAAGCUGGUGCAUAAGAUUAUGGCCAAAAUGGCAUCACCAGAGAGCAAUAGAGAAUCUGGGAAAUCUGAUCUCCAAAAACCAGAUGCUCAACAGUUGGAUGGAACAACCUCUUCUAAUGAUUCGAUUAACCAAGAAAAAAAUGAAGUAGACAGUGUUGUUAACGCGGAAGAAAAGAAGAAUUCAACAUCGGAUAAAGUUAAUGAAUGUGCAAAUAUACAGGAAAAGAAUACUGACAAUGCGGAAACUGUACAGAACGAACUGAACGACGUAAAGACAGAGAAAGAUGAAAAUGUGCGUGUAUCGCAAAUGCAAGAAAUCAAGACUGACAAAGAAGAUAUUGCAGUGAAAGAAGAAUCUGCAUUGAAACGAAAGAGAAAACCCUUAAGCGUUCCGGCUGACGAAUGUCCUGCGACCGAGGAGAGUGAAACUAGACCUAAGAGAAAAAAACGAAACGGCACUGAAUACGACGAAUUUUGUUGGCGAUGUCACAAGGAGGGCGUCGAUGUUUACUGCACCGCCUGUCCUCGCUCGUGGCAUCGUAAGUGUAUUGGCGGUAUGCCGCCAUCGUUGGACAAGUGGAUAUGCGGAGAAUGCGCGGCCAUCUUGAAAGCCGAAAACGCCGAGACAUGUUCCUCAGCUAUGGCGCUGGUGUCCCUAGAUCAAUUGUGUAUGUUGCUCAAAUUCGUAGUCGAAAAAUUACGGGAUUAUCCUGGGGCCGAACCGUUUUGCAAACCUGUAGAUCUCACGGAAGUGCCGAAUUACUUGGAUUACGUUGUCAAGCCGAUGGAUUUGAGUAUUUUAGAAUCAAAUGUACAAGCUAAGCUUUACGGCAGUACCGAUGCGUUUAUGGCUGACGCGAAAUGGAUUCAACACAACUGCAUUGUGUUCAAUACGUGUGGUGGUGUUUACACAGACACAUCGAAGCUGACAAACGCGGCGAAACAUCUUGUUAAGGUGGCGCGUCAAGAGGUUUCGGAAAUCGAAGCAUGUCCCGAUUGCUACGCUAGCGCUCGCAAUUUACCGAGGCGCAAUCUUCAUUGGUUUAUCGAGCCGUGUCGCAAACCGCAUCCUCUCGUAUGGGCCAAAUUGAAGGGUUUCCCGUUUUGGCCAGCAAAAGCAAUGCCUCGAGUCAACCCUCAAGGAUACGUAGAUGUGCGAUUUUUCGGCGAGCACGAUCGCGCAUGGGUGUCGCAAAAAGAUCUCUAUUUGUACUCAGAGGAACCGCCCGCGCCGUCCUCUCGUAAACGAAAACCCGACAUGGACGAGUGCAUGCGCGAGAUUACUAAGCACUGCAGAAAGCUUGCGCUUAUGUUCGGUCAGUUCAAGUUCGCGCCGCCUAAGGUGCAAUACGAUCCGAACGAUCCGAUGCAGAUAAAACUGCUGUUGCCGAAUUACAAUCCCCUCGAACCUUACAGUCAGUUUUCCAAUACGAAAUCGUCCACUUCGAAAAAGAAGACUUCUCCGAAAAAAAAAGGAAAUGAUUCUGUCAAGGAUCAAUCACAGAGUGAUGAGACCACCGCCAAAGAGGAAAUUGACUCUAAAUCGAAAGAGAAUACCGAUGAUAUUAAAAAGGAGACUGAAACACCCGAAGUACAAAACUUAGACGCUGACGAUAUUAAGAAUUCCUCAAAGAUUAAUCAGAAUCAGACGCCUAACAAAUUAAGUAAGAAAGAAAAUGAAGAAGUUGUAAUGAAAGAGAACCCGGAAGUUGCAACGAUUGUUCAAAACGAAGUUACGAAGAAUGAAAAAUCUAAAAGUGCAAAGGCGUCUCAACCGAUUAUCACAAAUAACGCCAUCAUUGGAAAUAGUAGCGUGAAUUCGAGUGCUAAUGAGCCGGAAAAAGCGAAAGACGAAACAAAACCGUCGUCUAAGCUCGCAUCACUGCCAUCCAACGAAUCGUCCGACGUAAUAGUGCGAACGCAGAAGAAAACUCUGUUGAAGGAUAUCAUUAAUCCCAAACCAGCGCUUUCCCAGAUAGAAAACGCGGCAAGGAUAAUUACGAAACACGCGAAGAACAAUAAUAAUAAGAUAUACAAACCGAAAACGAGACUGGUCGACAAACUGAACGCGGAAAAAGCACUGAAAUCUACAUCUGCGAGUAAGGAGAACGAGAAACAGAUGUCAUCGAAUUCAAGUGGUACGAGCAACAUGCCGUUAAAUCACAAUGGGGAAUUGUCAAGCGGUCAGAAAAUAUCCGAAAUGGAUAUAACGUCGUCAACCUCAUCACCGUCAAACACGAAAGUUACUCAAGCCAUUAUGACAACGCGUCCGCUCAUUCCUGUGACGGAUAAACCUAUGAUGCUACUUGUAGUGAACAAAGGGAAGCCCGGGGCUGUAAACCAAGCUACGAACACAAUCGAUCCUCAAAGCAACAAAGAUGCAGUAACCGUGAAUACGAAAGAAGUGCGUAAAAAGCCGCUCCAAGCGAAGGAGAGCAAAGCUAGAAAAACUUUUCCUAACAGACCACGCAAUCCGCCUAUUAGUGUCCAAAGCCCGCCGUCGGACAAGUCGUCGAAACGAGAAACGUCCUCCACGUAUCGACUAACACCACCGGAAGCAGGACCGAUCAGCGCGCGUUUGCAUCAUAACGCGAACGAACUCGCGCGAAGAAUGGGUCAGUUGAUGGAAGAGGCGUACAAGGAGGCCGCUGAGAUCAACAGCGAGAACGGCGACACCGACGAUCAUCAGGCAACCGUGUUCUUCCUGCGAAUGCAGAUCGAACAUUUGAAGUGGCAACAUCAACAACAGCUGGCCGAAAUAAAACAUAACACUGAUCGUACUCUGCGCGAGAUGCGAGCGAGCAUGGAAGCGGAAAAAGUACGAUUGGUCGAGGAAACUCGGAGAGAGGGCGAGGAGGAGAAACUUCGAUGUAUCGAGGAGAUAAAGAAGAAGCAGUGGUGCGCUUACUGCGGACAGGAAGCAAUGUUUUAUUGCUGCUGGAACACGGCCUACUGCGAUUACCCGUGCCAACAGUCACACUGGCCGACGCACAUGCAAACGUGUUCACAACAGUCCGCGCCCUCGCAGCAGGUGAUGCCCAGACUUUUAAUUCCGCAUCACACAACGUCAAAUAGCAAUAAUAUGACACAUGAUUCUGUGAGCAGGAUAUACGCUCUGCCGUCUAGUAAAUUGAGUGGGAUUCCGCCAUCGUAAUUUCAUUCAUCUCUUAAAGAUAUAAAGUCAAUCAAGAGAUUCACUCUAACAUAAAAAUACAAAUAUUACUCAUAAUUUAUUUAAUAUUAAUCUACUCGAUAUUGUGCAAUAUCGAUAGACACUAAGAUAAGUUCCAGUAACAAUUAUAAAUUUAGUAGUACUUGCGAACACGUUUUGGUACAGUGUUGCAUACACAGUGUAUGUAAACAUUUAGAUCUUUAUCAAACAUUUAUUUCUUUCACGAUCCGAAAUCACGGAGAGAGGUUGUAUAUGACUUAUUUCAUACAAAAAAAAAAAAAAAACUAUGUUCAGUGUUAUGUAAAUAAUUGUAAUAGCAAGUAAUAUAUGCAGUUUUUGUUGAUAUUCUUGAUUUGUUAAAGUAAAAAAAAUUUAAGGAAGAUCAGCGCAUUUUAUAAUAAAAGUAAUAAAAUUAAUUUAAUUGGUUGUUCCUGCUUAUGUAAAUAAGAGAAGAUGUGAAUUAUGAUUAUAGUUUAGAGUUUAGUAUAGGCCUAUUCUGUAACUUGAAAAAAAAAAAAAAAAAAAAAAAAAAAAAACGCGGUACAGCCAUAACUCGUGCGUUACGAAUCUUUACGUAUGAACAUAAAACAGAUACGUUAACAACGAAAAUAUCACAAAGUUACAGAAUGAGGAACCUGGAAUAUAGCAGUAGGAAUUAUCUCUAAUCGUAAAAUGAAUUCCAACAACAUAAUUUAUGCGAUUAUAUAAAUUUAUAUGUAUAUAUAUACAUAUACAUUUAUGUAUAUUUAUAUAUGUAUACAUAUAUAUAUAUGUAACUAAAAUCAGUAUACUUAUCUCUUAUAUAUUGUAAUUAACGCAGGUAAAAUAAUGACAACUUUGUUAAUUUUCUCCGACCCUCUGUUUUUCUACCAUCCACUUCAGACUUAAAAGAGAAGAAAAACGUAUUUUUUCAAUACAAACUAUAUCAUAAGUAUACAUAUUUUGACAUAAAAAAAAGCAAUUGAUGUUCUCAAUGUAAAGUAUGUAAUAAGUAAUUAUUAUACAUUAAAAAAAAGGGAGAUUUUUGUUGAGCAAUAGACUAUAACGCGCGUAAAAUUAAAUAGAAAUAAUUUGAUAAACUCAAUACUUGUAAUAAAAUAUUGC